AUUUUUGUAGGUCUUGCAUUUUACAAUUUUCCUUCGAGACAAAAUGUUUUAAAAAUUAAUAAGUGCUUAAAAUAUAUAUUACCAAUUAUAAAAUAAUCAAAUAAAAUUCAUAUUAUUAUAAUGAAAGAAAACAAAAUCCUGAAAUUGAUACACGUAGCCUGGCGUGAAAGAUGGUCCGACUCACAGUGGGGCAUAAAUAUCAAAAACGUUUUACCAAGAGGUGUCAGUGGAGAUGUAUAUAACUUAUCAGAUUGUAUAUUACAACAGGCCUUAAUUGGUUCCACAGCGAAUCCGUUGGUUCUCAAUUAUCUUAAACAUUCGCUUUGUGCUCACUUAGUAUCAUAUUCUGCGGUGUUGAGGCGUAUAUCAAAGUAUGAAUAUUUUCCAAGGAUCUAUUGUAUAACAUCACUUUUGGAUUUUUUAAAUUCCAUUUUAGAUGGUGUUACAUGCCGCACAAAAACCGAGGAAUCCAUAUUGCCUGGUGCAAUUGUUUCACUGGUCAAUUGGUUAAUGCAAAUAUUUGCUAUGGUGGCCACCAAUUACGAAAUGAACCGAGAGAUCUCAGGCGACCAAUCGUAUAUGCUAGAUCAAUGUUGUAUGGUGAUUGAGAAACUGGUGAAAAAUCAAUUUCUUUUGGCCAUACUAUAUGUGGGUCGUCAAGAAGACCUCGAGUAUUACAGUAAAAUUCGUGAAAACUAUGCCACUAUUAAGACCUCUCUAACAAAUUCCAAUUUUACUCCUUCCCAUCCUGGCAUUGAGAAAUAUUUACAACAAUUGGCCUACAUAGAUGUGCAUCAUUUGGAAAUGAAAACACUAGAUGUUAAACAAUUACCCGAACCCAUUACCUACUGUGUACAGCCCCUGUUGGCUGUGGAGGUAUUAUUGAAUCCUUGCAAUGACACCUCCUAUUAUGUGGCCGAAAUGCAAAUGUUGCAAAGACUUAAGAAAUUCUCGAAUACUCGCCUGUUCUAUGAAAUCAUAAGAGCGGGAUUUGUAUCGCUUAGCAAUGUGGUGGAGACCAGUCAUGAUACCACCUGGGGAGCUUUUACAUUUUUCAAAGUACCACAAAUUAUUAAACAAUUGCAUGGUCUAAAUAAAGCUCCCGGUGACCAAAAUCCACCAGAUUAUAUACCCGAAGUGGUGGAAGCUUUAGAAAUGCUGUUGGAAGACAAUCUCUUAUUAGAUUUUAUGGAUUCCAAAUGUUCUUGCAAUAUUAUUGACUUUUUAUUAAACGAUUGGACCAAACAGCAUUUGGUUAACGAUGCCCAUGUCAAACAUUUUGCCGCUCAAAGAGAAGGAGUUUCAAUGCUGCAAAAGCGCGAGACCGGCAAUAAUAUGCAGCUUUCCAUUAUAAAUUUCAUUAUAAGAGCUGAGGUACCUUUGUCGGGUAUAUUGAAGACAUUAAGUGCAGAUUACAAUAAAGUACAGGAAGCUUUAUUGGGUGUUUUAUGUCAAGUCUUAGUGGGCAACAGUUUCGAUUUAAUACUAUCUGUAGCCACCGUAGAAGGACGUUUGAAAACAUUUGUCUCCCGUUUAAUACAAUGCAAUGAAAACUCCAAACAAAUACCUGGAGAAGUGGGUAAAACUUCCAUAAUACGCUCUACUUUAUUUGAUGUCUCCUUCUUGAUGUUAACCUCUAUUGUACAAACCUAUGGUUCCGAUGCCUUAUUAUCGGAAAAUGGUGAUAGUUUCUUUGAGAAAUGGGUACGCAUUUGUAUGGUGGAGCGCAAUAAACCCAAAAAUUAUCACAAUAUGAUUGCUUUGUGUGAUGAGAAUAUUGUUGAUGAGCUUUUGCUGAGUUUUAGCAAACCAGAAGCCCAAUUAAAAAAUUCCAAUAUAACAUGGCAGGAUAUCUGUCUUAAUUUACCUGGUGUAAUUUAUCAUGUGUUAUUGGCGUGGGAAAAGGAAACUUUAUCAUCGGCAGAUGUCAAAAAUAUUUUGGAUAACAUAAAAAAACGCAUGUUUUCAUUUUCCGUGUGUGCCGCAUCAUUUUUGUGUGCCUAUAUGCAUUCAGCUAAAAAGGAUGAAUUUUUGAAGCCCCUCAACAUGAUACAACAAUUUCUAUCGACACCCGGCAACGAGGAAUUGUCUUCUCAAGAAAACUUCAAGGAACGUUUAGGUUUAUCGCUGCAAAUCAUACGUAAAAUGCAAUAUGAUGUCCAUCCAACGGGCAACCUUAAAUCACGCAGUGUAACACUAACACAAAAUCUAGUAUCACGUAAUCCACUGAUAGAUCAAUUUAAAGAUGUAUGGAAUACAGUGGUGGAACAUGGUUGGGUGCCCGUUAGAGCGGCACAAGUAAUCGAAUCGUUAUUGCAUGCAGGCGGAGCUGCAUGGUUGGCGACACGCCUGGUAGAGGAAAUGCUUAAAUGUAAAUAUAAAAAGGAUAUGAUGAAAACCAUGGAUAUCAUAUUUGCCAUUUUACAUUUGGAUAUUGAAAGGACCACAGAGGCUUUACUAACAAAUGUAGUACCCUCUAUUAUACACAAUCGUCAAGGUGAUGAUAUUAAUGAACCUCAAUCGUAUGUUUUGGCACGUUUAUGUGUCUACUGUAUUAUAUCUGCUUUAGAGGCUCGUUCACAAAAUUCCUCCAGCCACAAGAAACGUACACGUUCGAAUGAUGGCGAUGAACACGAUUUAAAUGCUUCUAAAAUGCGUAAAAUAACCGCCGAUGGCUCGGAUAACUCCUGCUCAAAUGAUUUCCUAUCCGAAAAUAGUCUACUCUUAAGCUCUUCUGUGUCUAUGCACUCCAACAGUCUACGCGAAACACCGGCUCAGCUUAAGGAAUCAUUACAAUCGGCUAUGCAAUAUAUUUUCAAAGUAUUCCAACAAUUUGUUACUACAGAUGAAUUAUCUCCAAAAAUCUAUUUUGUUUAUCAAUUCAUAACGCUGCUGGUGGAGUGUGGCAAAGAGCGUGUACGGCCAGUUUUAAAAUUAUUGCCCCCCAAUUUAAUUAACAAUUUAAUUAAAGUCUUGUUGACCGAUGACAUUAAUGUUGGCUUAAUUGCAAGACUUUAUGAUUUGCGUGUUAAUACAGGACGUCAAACAGCUGUAUCGGAUUUAUGUCUAUGGCGUAAUAUUAAAUUGAAACAACAAAGCAUACAAUUAUAAAUUAAAAUAAGCUUUUUAAAAUGCAUUCACUCAAAUAUAUACAUACUAUAUUAUAUUGCUUUAAUAUUUUACUGCUAAAAUGUGUAUUAUCAACAUAUAAUUACAUAAUUGAAAAUAAAAGUGAUUUUUUUAAAUACAUAAUAUGUA